GCGCUAGUGCUGAAAAAUUGCGUGAAUUAACGUUAAAUGCACGUCACCAUUGCAAAAUAAUAGAAUAUUUUAAAAACAUAACAAAGUUGAAGCCAUGGACAGAGAUAUGUUUACUUUGCAGUCCAUCCGGCAAGACCUGAUCGACAACAAUCUGCAGGCCAAGGCAAUAAUACAGGACAUCCUCAACAGCCGCACCUCGAUCUCCGAACUGGAGGAGCUGAACGAAGCGGGUCGCUCCAAACUGUCUGCUAUCCGCAAAAGCAUCGAACGGUUGGACGACUGGGCGCGGGACACGGCGGACGUGGCGCUGGCGAAGGAAGUGGACACCCACCGUGAUCAGUUCUCCAAAACGCUGCAAGCGUUCCGAAAGGCUAACGUGUCCACGAUGCUAGAGAUCGAAAAGGCCAAUCGAGAGGAGUUGAUGGCCAUUACCGGCGAGAGUGAACUGCGACAACGGACCACGACACGUACACGGCACAACCAGGGAAGCCUGGUCUCACAGGAGAACGACGUGACCGAAAAGAUGCUGGCCAUAUCCCGGCACCUCUCCGAGACCACCCAGAAGAGUGCAGUCACCCUGGAAACGCUGGUGGCCUCAUCGCAGAAUGUGGAGGCCACCAACGACGAACUGCAGAACACGGCCGGCACCAUUACCAUGUCCGGCAAGCUGCUCAAGAAGUACGGACGACGUGAGUGCACUGACAAGAUGCUGCUCUUCUUUGCCUUCUCAUUGUUUCUCGCCUGUGUCUUUUACAUCGUGCAGAAGCGACUCUUCUAGAGCCUACAAAUACCCCCAUUCCCAAAAUAGCUUAAGGUUGUCGCUUCUGUUGUCUUGGAAAAGCUAGAUUAAGCUUAGCACAUGACCUUACCUUCUAAGCACAGCUCCUUUAUUUAUAUUAUCUAGUGAUUUACCUAAUUUGUUAACGUGGUUUCGAUAGUAUAAAACACAGUCUAGUAUA